CGCAACUUCGGUUUGAAGCGGGUGGAGGGGGGAGCUCGAGGUAACUUUAGUCUCUUAUAAAUCUCCUACAAGCGGCCACUGCUUUCCGCUUGGCACGCGUAAAAGAAGAGCCAUUCCCCAACUCGAUGGGGUGAGGGACGACGCGUGAAAGCGCUCUACAGUCGCACCGAAGGCAAACCUUUUUCUUUUCUUUUUUUUCGUACUGAGCUACUUUUAAAGGAAAACCUUGUCAUCGUGAAGUCACAACUUCGUUCUCAUUUUUGAUUUCGCCUUAACGCGUCAGCCAGACUUGAAAAAGUUCGCACCUAGCGUUCCAACUGAAAGCCAGGGUCGGGUUAGAGUCCUGAUGUUUUUUUGGACAACUUUUUGAUCUGUCGGGAGAAUAAAAAGCAUUGAAUCGCAUACCAGGACACCGAAGUCUGACAGAUAGAGAGCUCGGAGCCCGGCCUGGUGUUGGGUGAGGUGCGGUUGGAAAGCUGCGAGCCGAACACUCAUGCGGUGGAGGUGUGCUCAGUCCCGCAGGCUCCGCGGCUGUGCGUCCCGCUGACUAUAACCCCUGAGCUGCUUUUAACGCUCGUUUUCAUCCAUGGAUUUCAGAACCGUUUGAUGUCCGCGCGUCCACCUUUGGCAACAUUAAGCUGAACAUUUACGCACUCCUGCUGUGUGUUCACUCUCUGCCGAGAAUAGAUCCGUGUGAUCCCUUCUGGUCGAGAGACGGGUCUCUUUUUGUUUCGAGACAGUUGAAUGGAUUUUCAGGUACACUUUACUGAACGUGGGGAAUUAGAUCCAUACGAUUUUCAAAUACUGUUCGGGGCCACUUGGCUCAUGUGCGUAAAUGUUCUCCACUUUGAUUUUUAUGCGUCUGCCUGUCGAAAUUUAAGUAUCCUCGGUGAAUAUUUUCCUGGAUCUGUUUUUUUAUUUGCGAUUUGAAGACACUGGAGGAGAAGAUGAACCUGUGUAUCGUCAGUCUUCUCCUCACUUUGGAUUUAGCCACCGUGGCGCUCAGUUUGUCCACAUGCAGCACGCUGGACAUGGAUCAGUUCAAGAAGAAGCGUAUCGAGGCCAUCCGAGGGCAGAUCCUGAGCAAACUGAAGCUUACCACCCCCCCUGAGGAUUUCCCUGAGCCAGAGGAGGUGUCCCGGGACAUUGUCGCCAUUUACAACAGCACCCGGGAUCUCCUGCAGGAGAAGGCGAACGAGCGGGCGGCGACGUGCGAGCGGCAGCGGAGCGAGGAAGAGUAUUAUGCCAAGGAGGUUCACAAGAUCGACAUGCAGCCCUUCUACCCAUCAGAGAAUGUCAUCUCUCCUACACAUUUCAACCCAUACUUCAGGCGGCUGACGUUUGAUGUGUCCUCCAUGGAGAAGAAUGCCUCUAACUUGGUGAAGGCUGAGCUCAGGAUCUUCCGUCUUCAGAACCCUGUGGCCCGAGUGUCUGAGCAGCGCAUCGAGCUCUACCAGAUUUUAGGUCACAAAGACCUGACGUCCCCAACACAGCGGUACAUUGACAGCAAGGUGGUACGAACGCAAACAGAGGGAGAGUGGCUGUCCUUUGACGUGACUGAGGCAGUGAGUGAAUGGCUCAACCAUAGAGACAGAAACAGUGGAUUCAAGAUCAGCCUGCAUUGCCCAUGCUGCACAUUCGUACCAUCAAAUAACUACAUUAUUCCCAACAAGAGUGAGGAGCUGGAGGCACGGUUUGCAGGUAUUGAUGAUAGCUUUAUCCAUGGCAGUGACCUGAAAGUGUUUAAGAAGCGGCGGCACAGCACUCGGGCGCCACACCUUCUCCUCAUGCUGCUGCCUUCCUACCGGCUAGAGUCCCAGUCCCAGUCCCAGCACAAGAACCAUCGAUCUAAGAGAGCCCUGGACACUGCCUACUGCUCCAGAAAUGUUCAGGACAACUGCUGCUUACGGUCACUCUACAUCGAUUUUAAGAAGGACCUGGGCUGGAGGUGGAUCCACGAGCCAAAGGGCUAUGAGGCCAACUUCUGUGCUGGGGCUUGUCCAUAUCUGUGGAGCGCUGACACCCAGCAUUCCAAGGUGUUAGGCUUAUAUAACACCAUUAACCCUGAAGCAUCGGCAUCGCCUUGCUGCGUCUCCCAGGACCUGGAGCCCCUCACCAUCCUCUACUACAUUGGCAAGACCCCCAAAAUAGAACAGCUCUCAAAUAUGAAGGUCAAGUCCUGCAAGUGCAGCUAGAACCCCUUAAAACUAGCACAAAUACUCUCUCUCUCCUUCCUUGACACAAAUACACACACACACACACACAAACACACAGUAGACUAUGGCAUACAUACAGUCAAACUGCAACUGUACAACUUUCUCUUACAUGCACAACUAUACUCCUGGCAGUGUUAGGUAUGUUGGAUCAGAAAACCUCAACACUAGUUCAUCGCAUAAACAACAAACAGGACCAAUGCUCUCAUGAUACCAGAAACUUGACUUUGAUACCAAUGCUAAGUACCAAAGGUACAGUGUUGCAUUGCAGUAUCUGGUCCACGAGUCCAGGUUGUAGUGUGCCUUUAUGUUGUGUACUAGCUGGCAAAAUCAAUGUCAACAUACCGUUUUUUAUACCCAUUAAACCUUCUCCUUCAGUGCAGUUAUUUGGUGGUGCACAAGUCUGAGUGACAUUGUUCUAAUGUGGCUGAACAAACCAAACUAAAUUCGGCAAAAAUUAUACAUGAGGAUCAGAACAGGAAAAUAUGUUUAAGGUCAUUCAGACACAGCUCUGCCAUUCUUUAUUUACAUGUAAGUUUUUUUUUAUUUAUUUAUUAUUAUUUUUUCAAAUGUAAAAUGCCAUGCUUAGUACCUAUCUGGAUCAUAAUUAUUUAAUGAGCAAAGAUUUAGUUGGCCAAGAUUUGCUUGAGCAACACCCAUGGUUAUUCUUUCAGUUGCCUGCCUAUUCCAGUGCCCAUUUGCACUGUCAAGAGGUGACUUUGAAAUCAAACUUCAGCUCGCAGAACUUAUUUGAUGAAAUUGCUGAAUGUGUGUAAAAUAAUCUUAAGCGGUGGUAUCAAAGUCAUGCCAAAAUAAUUAUAUGUAAGAUUAUAGUGACCCCACUGCACAGGAUACAGAUAUGCUACUCAUACAUACAUACAUACAAACAUACACAUACAGUGACACAGAUAUGGCUUUUGAACAGGUAUGCCCAUUUUUGCAUUUUGAAGGCCCUGUCAACAUGCAUCACCUCACAUACUUGUCACACCGAGACACGAGAGUAAGGCAAACACUGGAAGUAUAAGUGACAAGUGUCUACAUGUGAAAUAAGUCCUGAAAAUAACUCAGCCCCACCCCUGACACCUUCCCACCACUUCAGUCCUCUCUCCCUCACCUCACCCCUCUACAAUUUUCACAGUCACACUGCAUCACAUCCUCAUUUGUGUGUUUGUCUUUGUUUGGUAUCCUUUGUAAUUUUCUAAAUCUUUCCAUUGUUUUGCUAUUUAAGAUCUUCACGGUUUUGGUUUAGCACCCUGCAAAUUUUGACCCAAGUAGAAUUGUGGAUACUAUCAACCUUGCACUGACGAUAUAUAAUAUCUACUCCACUUUGUAGGUUACAGAUGUUGGAAAAUUAUUAAUUUUGAUAGAGUCAUGAUAAAUGCCAACACAGAAAAGAGAUGCAUCACAUGGGAGCACCUUAAAAGAUAAUUCUGGUCUGUUAUAACAGUGGUCUUAUUUUUGCAGUUGACCAUAAUUUCUAUUCAGUAUUCAGUAUAGGAUUCUAUGGAUAAGGAAUGUAAAAAACAAAAACAAAUAAAAAAAAACAGUUAUAAUGCCAAGUUAUGAAGGGUUAAGCAGGUUUACUCAUUGUAGAUACUAAUUUAUCUUGGAAUGUAGAUAUAGAAUCCCAGAAACAAUUUUGGAAAAACAGAUAAAAGAAUUGCUUUACAGAAGCAACCGAAACCUAUAGAAAGUGAUGUCGACAGCAUAGCCCUUUAUUACAGGUAGUAUGACCUCAUAUUAAUCACAGUUUAUAGAUCAACUUCAACUUUGACCUACUGUGCUAACUAUAUUUGUAUGCACCCUUUUCCUGUGCAGAGAGGGGUUUUUAGUUAUAUUUCAGCUGCGCUCACUUUCAGUUUAACCUCCACAUAAAGUGGUUUAAAUCAUCUGGUGUUUGCAUCCAACCUGCCUCAUCAUUCAAGCUUGUGUUUCCUUACCUGUGUUUCCACAUCUCAACUAUUCUUAGCUACUUUAAUGCUGGUGCUGUCCCAAAUAUCAAGCUGACUAUAUUAGAGCUAACAUGUUUAAAGCAACUCACCUGAUCCUACAGUAUGUUGUAGAACUGAUGUUGCUCUGCUCUUUCACGAUGCCUCCACUGUCUCAGUCAGGAAAUGAGUUAGCAAAUAGCCAUCACAUGGCUUGGUGUCAUGAUUAUUCAUUCGCAACAUACAGUCUCUUGUGCUUAGUCACUGUUAGUGCUGAAUUUGAACAUAUCAGCUAUACCCGCUUGUCCUUUAGUGGCAUUGACACUGGUUGAGAGGCAGGGACAGGUUGCCAGUCUGUUGCAGGGCUGACACAAAGAGACAGACAACCAUUCACACUUACAUUCACACCUACAGGCAAUGUGGACUGUGGGAGGAAACCCACGCAGGCACAGGGAAAACAUGCAAAUCCCACACACAAUGGAUGUGAAGAGAGUAGCAAGUGCACUGUUGGUAUAAACAAAAGAUAAUGACAAAAAUUAGACCCAGUUUGGAAUAAACCAGAAUUAUUCUUUUAAUGGUAUCAAUCAAUCAAUUAUCAAUGGACAGAUUCUUGUGUCUAGAAUAACUUACAUAAAGUCAAUGAACAGAAGCGUCCUUCAUGUCUCAUUUAGUGUAUACUAGUUGUGCUUAGCAGUGACUGAUGCUGAAAUGUUAAAGGUUUUCCACACAAAUUCUCAAACAAGAGAUGACAUUUCAUAAGUUAAUAAGUUAAUAUAACUACAGUGGUGUCAUCUCAAACACUCAGCACAGCCACAGAUUCAGUCCGCACUAGCUAUAAAAAGUGUGGGUUCACAGAAAAGAUAUGUUGUCUCUUGGUAGGUGAUGAUCAUGCUAUAUUUUUAGAAAUGCUGGCGGUGAUUCACAUGAUGAAAGAUUAUAGAAGGUAUUAAUGAAGAGUAACUAUGCCCUAAAAACAUGGUCUUAAACCAAAUUUAUUAUGAAAGUUCUCCAACCAUCAACAGCCACCUCUGUCGCACUGUAGUAGUGUUUUGUAGUUUCAUCAGUGUGUUAGCUUCCUGCCAACAUAAAACUUUUUUUUCACCACAAACUUCCAAAAGCUGUCUGUCAUUCAUUAUCGUUUUGUGUCUUUAAUAAAAACAAAUUGCACUGACACUGUUUUAAUUUUAUUAUUUUAGAAUACCUAGUUUUCUUAAUUAGCCAGAACGCUCCCUCUUAUCAAUUGAGUAUUGAUGUAGAAUAUCUGACCCCAGCCCCUUUGGGUGUUUAGUGUCAGUGGACUUUCUGAGUAGCAGAAAAAAAAGAGAGCUAGGCACCAACUUUGUCACGAUAGGGCUGUUAUGUUUAUGUGUAUUUGUUGUUUUGAUGAUGAUGAUCUUAUUGUGACCCGCUAUGCUGUAUUGUAACACAGUAUUGUUGUGGUGCUCUAGUGGUCAAUAAAUUAUUUAAG